UAUCUAUAAAUAUUUAAGAACAUAUACAUUGUAAAUUUUCGAUAUUGAUACUUGUUUGUAACUAUUUGUCAAAGCCAAGCCAUGAAGCAUGACUCCCAAGCACACCUGCCAGAAAACUGAGAAAUAAUCUGAUCUAAUCAGAUCAGCAAUUUACCUAAUCACUUGGUUAGUUAUGCAAUGUUUUGCUUGGCAGUUCAGCCAGUAUUACCAGAUUUUAAUUUGUUGUUUUGUCAUGGAAAAGUAACUUGGCCAGCAUUCUCUAACUGUUCAAAACACUGAAUCUCUUGUUGUCUCGGAUUAUAAUUAUCUGGUAGUGUGAACAAACCAUUGUGACUUUUAUGUCUGAGUGAGAUUUGUUUUUGUGCUGCAAAUUAUUCUGCUGCACUGAUGUAACUUUUAUUUUUUCUUUGAGUCAUCGAGCACAUUAUGUAACAAGGUUAUGAGUUUCUACAGACAGCCUCCAGCCCUUUGCCCCGGCCACAUGGAACUGAACCCCUCAUGACCUAAAUGUUUUGCUUUUAUAAGGAGUCUGUAACAGUCUGUAUGAGGUGAUGUUGUGGACUGUGGACCGCAGUACACCUGCAUUUCUGAUGUGGAUUCAUUAGUCAUCAGAGAUAGACCUAUUGGAGAAUCACAGCCUAUCUAUUCAGUUAAUGAUCACUCGCUGCCUUUACAUGAGGACACUGGAACGUUUGCUCUCUCAGUAGUGGGAUUGUGGUCUGACAGUGAGGGUGAGAGGACCUUACUGAAGGGCAAUCAUGCGCCUGAUAGGGUCCGCUGUCCUUUUCUCUGUCCUGCUGCAGGCUAUGUCUGCACCGACAGAGGACUGGCAGACGGCCACGUCUAUUUAUGACUUCUCAGCGACAGAUAUCGAUGGCAACCUGGUUUCCCUAGAAAAAUACAGGGGGAAUGUUGUCAUCAUCACCAAUGUUGCCUCUAAAUGAGGCAAAACCCCAGUAAACUACUCUCAGUUUACCCAGAUGCACGCCAAGUAUGCUGAGAGAGGUUUACACAUCCUUGCCUUCCCUUCUAACCAGUUUGGGAACCAGGAGCCUGGCAAUGAAACUCAGAUCAAGCAGUUUGCUCAGUCCUACAACGCUCAGUUCGACAUGUUCAGUAAGAUCGAUGUGAACGGGGCCAACGCCCACCCUCUGUGGAAGUGGAUGAAGGAGCAGCCCAACGGGAAAGGCUUCAUGGGAAAUAGCAUCAAGUGGAACUUCACUAAGUUUUUGAUCAACAAAGAGGGGCAGGUGGUGAAGAGAUACGGACCCUUGGAUGAUCCAAGCGUGGUGGAGAAGGAUCUUCCCCAGUACUUAUAAUCCCCUAAUGUAUGACUGAUACAUCAUUUACUGAUACUCAGUCCAGUUUGUUAAUCCAUAGCCUGUUUCCCUCCUUUCUCGGCCUCUCCAAGCAUCAGUGAAUAUAUUUUUUUGGGUCCACCCCAGACUAGUGACGGUCAGCUCAUAAACCCGCAUGGCGGACAGGGCAGACCUGAUGAAAAAUGGCGUGCAAACCUCCUGGGAGGAUUACCAAGCUUAUAUUCAUGUAGUUCACUGGAGAGAAAGAGAAAAGGAUCCAUUAAGUCUCUGAUUAAUGUGUAGCAUUGUUUCAAUAAUAAACUGCACUAAGGUUUUGUUCUAAUGAUA